GCAGCAGCCAAUCACCAGUUUCCCUUUAAGCCGCCGGUCCGGUCAAGAUGGCGAAGGCGCUCGAGAAGGCUCUCGCUUGGUGAUAGUGCCGGUGUUCUCCCCGCCCCCACCUCCCGGGAAAGAUGUGAAGGGAAAAGAAAGAGAACGACCGUGUGGCGGGAGGGGGAGGCCCCGGCCGAGGGACGAUGCUGAGUCGGCGGAGGAAGCUCAGGGAAUCUCCCGGACCCGUAGGGUCGCCGGCCCCGCCGCCUCCGCCGACGCCGCCGACCCCCUUGGCCGGGGACGAAGAGAGACCCCUCAGUGUCUCCGGGCGGCGGCUGCGAGGCCGGCGGCGGGCGCUGAGAGAAGUGGCCCAGGCUUCGGAGAGCUGCGCUCCUGUCAGUAAAAGUGCCGAGGAAAUGUGUUUGUAUAAAACUCCAAAGAGAUUGUUGCAAUCCAGUUUUCGAUCACCUGUCUUCAGUUCCCCUUGUAAUGAUAAUGAUGGACCACAAGAAAUAUUUUGGGAUCCAAAUUCUCCAACAACCUGUCAAUUAGAUGAAAGAAGAAAUAAACAGCAUGACAGAAGAUGUAGUGUUGCAAUUUCAGAUAUUGUUAACCGUAUAGCUCCUCAGGGUGAAAAACCAACAACGGACUCCCUUCUAGACAUGUGGAUCGGUGAAGGUGCAAUUCCAUGUACUCCUGGUAUAACAAAAAUAAAAUCUAGAACGAGAACUAACUAUGUAAAGUUUAAAGCACAAAGUAGUGAAGAAGAACUUAUAAAAUUGGCUAAACAAUUUGAUAAAAACAUGGUGGAGCUAGAUGUAAGGCAAGAACAAGACAGUGAGACUUAUGAUUUUGUCCAAACAGUUUCAGAAGCAGAGACUUUAAAUAAUUAUAAAGAUGAAGCACAGCUACAGACCCUUCAGUCAAUCUCUGAUGAAGUUCCUGAAGUAAAUAUUGCUGUGACAGUAAAAGGGAACUCCAGUAUAUCUAAGGAAGAACAUUAUAAAAAUAGUAGUCUGACUAAUUUUGACCCAAGUGCUGAAGCAGCUCUUACUGCUCUUUUUGAUGGUUCUACUCAGAAAUGUAGUGGACAGUUAAGCCAAGGUCUGUCAAAUGCUUCUUUUACUACCAGUCAUAAUAUCUGCGGCAAGAAUGACACUUUGAAAGAGGAGAUAGACAAUUCUAUUGAGACUGUGGUUACUGAGAGACAGGGGAGUAAAAUUUCAGGCCAACAAAAUCUGACCUCAGUGGCAGUUACUUCUGCAUCAGACUCAUUUGUGAUGGCAACUUCCUCUAUUGCAAAGUCAGAGAUUCUCACUAAGCCUGGGGAAAUAGAGGCUGGCAUGGAUUUUGACGAUGAUGAUGACUGGGAACACAUGCUAACUGAUGAUUCUUUUGUUAUGCAAAUUUCUCAAGCUCCUGAACUUUUAAUUACUGAUUCUUCUCAGCCAACUAUUCAGAAAGAUAUUUUCAUGCUUACUGCCAGUAAAAGUGAUGAACCUAAGGUAGGAAUAAAUGGAGAUUUGACUAUUGGUAAAAGUGUUUCAAAAAAUUUACAAGUUCUUCCUUCUGAGACAAACAACAAAAAUGUCUUUGAUCCUACAAAAGCUCUGUUUCCUUUGAAAUCAAAUAAUGAGCCCAUGGAAUUGAUACCUACUGAGAAUGAAGUGAAAUAUGAGAAAAAUUUCAGUAAGACAAGUUUUCCCACCAAAAUUCCUAGUUAUUCUGAGCUUUCAGUUGCAUCUAAUAUUCAAAAGACAAAGGAGGCUAUUUACCCUAAAUUUGGAUCAAAUAUGAAAGUUUCUGCAAAGGAGUCUGCUUUGGGCAGAAGGCCUAGUAAUUUUCAAUCACAAACCAGGAGAGAUAGUGAAAAUCCACCUAACUGUUAUCAGUCAUUUAAUGUGCCUACUAAAAUAAAUCCUAAUAAUUCUUUAAGAAUAUCUAAUGAAACCACUUUUUGUAACUUAAAUAAGAAAGAUGCUUCAAAGCAGUGCUCUUUAUUUGAUGACUGGAAUGAUCCUAAACUUGCUAGUGAAGUUAUUGAAGCAUGUCAUGAAUUAGAAAAGUCUUGGAAUGCAGAUGAUGAUGAUGAUUUGCUUUACCAAGCAUGUGACCAUGUAGAAAAGCUGACGCAGCAACAAGACUUGGAAAAAGACAAGCAAGGAUCUGAAAAUCAGCAAAAGGUCAAUUAUAAUUCCUAUUUGGGGAUGGAAACUAAUAAUACAGUUACAUCUGAAAAAGAAUACCAUUUGCUGCAAUCUAAACAUUUGAAUAGAGGUGAUUUUUCUGCACAUGGAACAUCAGUGAGAGAAGUUAUAGAAACAGGCAAGUUAACAUGUAAAGAAGGUAAAAAUUACAGAAGUUCUGCAAAUUCUACAGAUACUAAAAAUCUGAGUAAAAACUAUCAGUACCCAAAUUAUCAGAACAAUAAUCAACAUGUUUCUUGGAAUAAUUCUAAUGUAGCAGUAGGAGUGAACAAGUCCUCAAUUCUUACAGGAAAUUUAAGUUUGGCAAUUAGUAAAGACCACAAAUACACAGAUACUGCUUCUUCAAGAAAUUUACACAAUCAGAUUCUUUCUCAUAGCACAGUGACAACUGAGACUCAUGUUAAUAAAACAUCAAUUCCAACACCCUCUGGUUACUCUUUCACAAAGAUUAAAAAUCCUCAGACUUUUCCUCAUCUUAGUCACAGUAGUAUACCAUCAAGAAGCAUAUCUGACAGCAAAAUUUUACAGCAUUCAGAGAAAAGCAAAACUCAGUUUGUAAAUUCUUUACUUGGGGAGACUAUGCCACAACAACUUUUGAAGAGACAGUUUUCUGAAUCCUGUGAACUACCUAUAAAAGAGGAAGAAGAAAAAAAUAGAAAGUAUUCCCCAGAAGAAAUUCAAAGAAAAAGACAAGAAGCUCUGGUUCGAAGAAUGUCUAAAACACGGACAUCAUUUAUAAAUGCAGCACAUACUUAAUUUAAUUUUCUGGAUGAAAAAUGAGUUUAAAAGAGAAGACUUGUUAAAGACUUGACAUCUAUCCUUGAUGGCCAAUAUUGUUUGUUUUUUGGUUUCUCUAUGAGAAAUUUGAUACUGACUUAUAAAGCAUAGACUUCUAUUUUAUUAUUUAAUGUUUACAAUUGUAAACGAACUUUUCUUCCCAAAUGUAUUCAUAUGGUAGUUAACAAAAGUUUUGCAAGGUCCAGAAGGUUGCAAGAUUUAAAGUGUUCAUGUACAUUUUAAUUAUGUACUAUAACUUUAUUAGCAGAUUGUUAAUUUUAAAAAUGUGAUUGUGGAGAAUCAUCUCUGAGAGAGGUGAAAUUUAAGUUUCAUGAAACAAAUAGCCUUUUUUCCUGUUACAGAACUUGGGUCUUAGCAAUACGAUAAAGGUCUCAUUUUCUGAUUUUUUUUUUUUCAGUAUUUGAUUUGCUUAAUUUUUUAAAUUAAGUUCUCAAAUUUUUAUACAACUUGUAUGGGGGGUGAUAGAAAUAAAGGAAUUAAUUCCAUUGUAACUAAUUAAUAAAUAUUUUCCAUUUCAAACUUGAAAUACUUUUGACUUUCAGUAUCUCUUAAAACAUUGUUCCACUUAUAAUUUAUUCCUUUAAGAAACUGUCCAGUUCAGUAGACUGGUUUAAGAAAGUAAGUUUUUCAAAAUUAUAGCUAUCAAAAUAUUCUAGCCAUCACUAUACAUACGUAUCGCAAACAGAAUAUAGAGAAAUUUAUCUUUGUUUUGUUGAAGGGUUAUCUAAUCUCCAGAGCAGGCAUUCUUAACCUUUUUUGGUUAUGAGUGCAGUCUGAAUACUGUGAACCUCUUCUCAAAAGAACGUUUAUAAAUGCAUAAAAUAAAAUACAUAGGAUUAUAGAGGAAAUCAAUUAUAUUGAAAUAGUUAUCAUUCUCAGACAGAAAUAUCUGAAGAACCUCCAAUAAAGACUAAUCUAUCUGA